CCGUGCCUGAGAAACAGUACUGCCGAUCGCGACUGUCAGUUCACUCAUGCUGCGCACACGAUCUCUGGCUGCUGACUCCUGUAUCUAGGGGCACUCUCGUGCGAUACUGCCCGUGGGACUAUAUAUAUAUCGCAAACAUGUCACGGCAUCACAGGACGCCGCUGAAAAACGAGGAGAGUGUGGUGGAGGUGAAGAGCAAAUUUGAGGCGGAGUACCGCAGGUUUGCCCUGAAGAGGAAAGGAGCCGGUGGCUUCCAGGAAUUCUACCAACUGCUGCAGACCAUUCACCGGAUCCCCGGAGUGGACGUGCUGCUGGGAUAUGCCGACAUCCAUGGAGAUCUACUUCCAAUCAACAAUGAUGACAACUUCCACAAAGCACUGUCCUCGGCCAAUCCGCUGCUUCGGAUUAUCAUUCAAAGGAGAGAUGUAGAUGACCCCGUGCCCUUCCCAACAGGAUCUCUUCAGAGAAGAAAAAAGGGUCUAGCUGGUCUGCAUCAACCAAAGCAGAGGUCCAAACCAUCGCUGCUCAUCGGCCUUCCGCAGGAUUUCCGGCAGAUCUCUUCUAUCAUAGAUGUGGACAUCUUACCCGAUACGCACCUCCGUGUCCGUCUGCACAAGCAUGGCACCAACAAACCCCUCGGCUUUUACAUCCGAGACGGCGUCAGCGUCCGCGUCACUCCCCAAGGGGUGGAGAAAGUUCCCGGCAUCUUCAUCUCUCGCCUCGUGAAAGGUGGUUUAGCAGAGAGCACAGGAUUGCUGGGAGUCAACGAUGAGAUUCUUGAGGUGAACGGUAUCGAUGUGGCAGGUAAAUCACUGGAUCAGGUCACCGACAUGAUGGUGGCUAACAGCCACAACCUCAUCGUGACAGUGAAACCCGCCAAUCAGCGCAACAACACGAUGCACCGUGCGAGUAAAACGUCUGCUGGCAACAGUUCCGCUGGCUCGGGAGGCUCCGCCCUCUCACAUGACUCUGCCCCCAGUCCCGCCUCACAGAAUGCCAGCCAAUACAGCAACAGCAACAGUGUGGCUGAGGGCGACAGUGACGAUGAUACUGACCUCAUCAUUGAGAACGACAACCUGUCGACGUACACGCCACACCGUAUGACUAAUGGCAAUGGCACCCAUGCUAGCGCCCUAUCGUCGGGUGCAUUUGCACACAGGCCCCUCCCACAAAGUGUUUCCUUACCCAGUAGCAGCUCUUUAAGCUCCCUGACCACACCUACACACAACGGCAGCCCCACCAAGACGAGCAGUAGCCAAGAAAGCAUGAGAGAGGACGGCAACUUCAUUACGUUGUGAGCUACAGUAGGUUUCACACCACAGUAGAAGCCUUUAUGCACAUUUAUAAGAAAAUGAAGGAACUAUUAUAUUAUCAGCUAUUAUUUUUCAGCCAUUACUGUCACAAACAACAACCUGUUCACAGUCUUGAAUGAGGACCUACGGCCCAGAUCACACGGGUUGCACAAUCUAGCCUGUGUGUGAGGGCAUGUGGCUGUCACUGUAUGGAAGUGCCUUAUGGCUCUCCACUCCUCUCGCCUUAGUUAUUUUUUCUCCUUUUGGGACAAAUCGACCAUAUUCAUUUGUAUUGACUCCGAGGACAGUCAGUCAGAAGUGUGCUAGCUACUACUGGGGUGCCUGACGUUAUCACUUGCACCUCGGAGGACGCGAGAGACGAACAAAUCGCCUCUGUGGAAAUGAUACGUGUCUUGUUUUGGAUUCAUCUCACUUUUUGUGAUGCCUCUUGCAUUGAUGAUGAUGGUAAUGAUGAUGGAAGAUGAGGAGGAGGAGGAAAAUAUAAAAGUGUUAAACCGGAUCUGAUCAGUGCUGAUUAUGCUUGUUUGCUCAUCUCAUCUCAUUCUGACGCUGAUCGUAGUUUCUGAUACUGAAGAUGUCUACCAAAAUGUGCUCUACAUGAUGAUUUUAAAGUGUUGUUAUUUGCAAUCAAGUCAUCAAUUCAAAGUGUUUAUUAAUCACAUUUUUAAUGUCUCACAAAUGUGCAGUAUGAGACGGGAAGUGUAGUGUUAAGAUCAUUCCCAAUAUGACAACAUUUAAAGAUGAUUUUACUUCAAGCAUAUUCUGUCACUCUGUUUGCUCAAAAGCCAGUUUAACACUCCCAAUUUGGCUUAAUUUUCACAUUCAUUAUC